CUUUAAAUCCCAGCAGGAACAACUUGGUCUGGUUUCAUGGCUCCAGGAUGGAGGGGUUCCUGUCCACGUUUCCACCGUACAAUGUGUGCGACAACCCGGUCUGUGCUCCCCCAGCUCCGGAGGACAUCAGCUGGGGGAAGAGAGAGGGUCGCUUCAUGACCCCCCAGGGACUCAACUACCUGGAGCUCUGCAAGGCCAUCCUGUCCCAGGUCAACCCCACAUUACUCCCUCCACUCAAGAAAGCAAACACCAAAGAGUGCGGCGUGCAAGUGAACGCCAGAGUGGAUAAGGUGGUGCAGUGCUCUCUUGGUCCAAAAACGCUGUUCGGCCUAGAGGGCGUCCAUCCCGCAUACUCAAAGUCCCCCCACAGCCCGGAGCUGUUCAACCCGGAUGGGAAAGCAACGCACAUUACGCCACCAGUGAGCAACCUGCGCUUCCUGAGGCCCGUGUCCAUCUACUCUCCGGUGUUUGACCGCAGGAUCUUCGUGAAGAAACUCUGCGAUGACGGCGGAAGUGAAGGAGAAACUGCUGAGUUUGGCCACGAAGAUGAGACGGAUCACAGUGCUGAGGACACAGUCAAGGACUUCAAGACCGCUUUACACAGGUCUUCAAAGGGGUCCAACUUUCAGUUCUUGGAGCAGAGGUAUGGCUUUUUCCACUGCAAAAAAUGUAACACCCGGUGGGAGAGUGCUUACGUGUGGUGCAUCUCUGGAACCAGUAAGGUGUACUACAAGCAGCUCUGCCGGAAGUGUCAGGUGGGGUUUAACCCCUACAGAGUGGAAUCCAUCCUCUGCAAGGGCUGCUCUCAGACUGUCUGCGUAUGUGAGAAGAAGCAGAGGCACAUAAACAUGAAGAGGCCUCACCGCCAGGACCUGUGUUGUCGCUGCAAGGGCAUGAGGCUGUCCUGUGACGCCACCUACAGCUUCAAAUACAUUGUCUGAACUGCCCUGCACGUUCGCUCUGGUCUGAAAUUCCUCAGCAGACAUCUCAUAGCUGUACGUGUCGCCAACAGAAGUUGCCUCCAGUAACGGACUUAAAGAGAUUUAUAUAUUCUCCAUCCAGCGAGUAGAUUGAUCUCUACUUUGGUUGUUUACUUGAAGUAACUUCUCAAACAGAAUGCCUUUGUUUCCCUUCAAUAAUCCUGGAGCUUAACUUUAACAUGAAAACUAUUUUUCUGAAAAGAAAUAAAGUACAUGAAAUAAAA